CGCAAGUGGGUUGAGUUCGCGACGGUUAGUGUGUGUAUGCUCACAGUAAAGUGCCACUGGUCGCGGUAUUACAGUAAUCGGGAGUUGGAGCACAAUCACGAGAUCUCGCUGGUGGUGACGCAGCUGUGGCUGAACGAGUCGACCACCGACGGCACGUUGGUAGGGAUGUUGUGCGGUGAGAUCGCAAAGGGCGGACGAGCAACGGUCGCCUACAAGCUCCUCGCGUUCUUGUCUCAGCUUGUCGACGACCUGCCGACGGACAUCAUCUCCUACAAUCUGAGGCAGGCUGAACCUGUGACCCUGGAAAGGAAGUUGACGCCAAUCGUAAUCUGGGCGAAUUGUACGGAGGAUUACGGGCAGUAUCUGAGCGAUCACAAUCCUACGGUUUGGUGCUACUUGGACCUGGACGAACUUGCACCGGAUAACUCCGACUUCGACGAGUUUUGGAAGGCACAUCGAGAGAACGGGGAGCUGUCGUCGGACGACGACCUGGGUCGCAUAGCCAUCGUCGGGCUAUUGAAGGAAGAGGAGUCGGAAGCACGGUCGACAACAAAGGAAGAAGAAGAAGCGUCGGCACCUGAGCCUCGAGAGGACCCACCAGCACGAGCGCCGCCUUCCGUUCGAGGAGGAUCCACCUUGAAUCCCGCCGUUCCCUCAGAUGCCGCUAGUAGGCAUGAUGGCGCAGCAACCUCCCGCCGGCGUCGCCGCUCUCGCUCACCAUCUCCCUCCGUUUCCGCCCCCUCCACGCUUCGUCUCCGUCCUCCUCCAAGCCCGGACAUACCGUCCUCGUCCCGUCUUCCGCCGCCCCCUUGAUUACCUCUCCUUCCGUCCCCUCCCCCACCUUGAAUUCCCCCUAGACUAUCGCAUUU